AUGGCGGUUUUUGCCGUGGUGAGCAGUUUGCAAAAUCAUUGCCUCAGAGCAGUCGCCGGCCAGUUACCAAAUCAUGAAACCUCGUUAGCCCAGCUUCCUGUCGAGAUUAAGACAAAGCUGGUUAAUCUGCUAUCAAAACGAGGUCUUUUAACGGACGCAAAUCUUGGAAAUGUAAGUAACACAUUGUCCUUGGAUCUAGAAGAAGAAAACGGGGACUGGGAUUUUGCCCAGACUCUUGCUGAGAAAGUGGGAUUUGAGGAUUGAAAAUGUAGUAGAUGAAAUGGAGGCAGAUUUUAUUUUCUUUUAUCGCCGUUUUAAUUUAUAAUUACUUAUUUGCAAUCAGCACGACUGGACUGAUACCUUUGCAGGUUGUUUAAGGUUCUGAUUCAUUUGAAAUUACCUACAAGUUAAGAUGGUUAUGAGCUGUCUAUUUGGUAGACUCAUCGCCAUUAAAAUAUUAUGGCACUGAUACUCUCCUUAACCCUUUAACUCCCGUGAUUGACCAAGACAGAAUUUCUCCUUGCUAUAUCUUUACAAUAUCAUGCAGACAAGUGAUGAGAGUAAAGAAAAUACCACUUAAUAUGCCACUCAGUACAGGUUUGACUGUAGUGUUUUUGAUCUAAUUAGUAUUUGAUUGUCAUUCUUAUUUAAGGUAUUACACCCAACACUUAGGGAGCUGGAGUUGUGUGAAUGUGCAAUUUCAGACAGAGGACUUUCUUUUAUCUGUGUUUGUAAAAACCUAAGAAAAUUAGACUUAAAUGCCGCCAAGAAUUCCAGAGCAGAUGUUACAUCUGAAGGUAUGUUGCACCAGACUUUGGUUCCUUCACACAGGGUCUUUUUUAUAAUUUUUAUCAAUUUAAAAUGCAGGCCCUUUGGAACAUGUGAUAAAAUGAUAUUUAUUCCAUCAAGGAUAACUACUAUGCACCAAAUUUUACAUUUUUCAGGGUAUUGCAGUAUGUAAUUUUUAUAUUUUCUGAUAUUACUUUUCAACAGGUAUGAGCAGAGUGUUUUUAUCUUGUUGUUGCCUUCAGACUGUGUACCUCCGCAGAUGUGUUAAUCUUACAGAUGAUGCUGUUGCUGCUUUGACACAAAACUGUUUGCGGUUAGAACAUCUCAAUUUAUGUGGAUGCAAUAAAAUAACAGAUACAUCUCUCCAGCUCAUAGCCCACAACUGUAAAUUCCUUCAAAGUCUUAAUCUCUCAAAUACUAAGGUUAGCAAACAAGUUUAUAUUUCCUAAGAUGUAAUCUCUUAUACUAAGUUAAGUAUAGUGAGUGCAUGAAUGUAAAAUUACCUGGUAAAUAAGAAAUAGAACUGGGUAUAGGAUCAAUGUAUUAGAAUAUUUCAAAACUUUUUCUCCUUCUUUAUGGCAAUGUUGCUGUGUUAACUAGAGUAUCAAAAUCACUUUGUAGUAAUUGGAAGCUUUGAUAUAUCAUCCAAAAAAAGACAUGCAUCUAUCUUACCUUUCCUUUGAUCACUGUGUGUUCUGUUUCCAGAUUUUUAAGGCUAAAUUUUUAUAAUUGUGCAUUUUUACCACCUUUUGAAACUAGAUUUCCUCAAUUUCAACCAUUAGAAAAAGUCUUAGAUCUCAAAAAUGAUUGCAUCUUGACCUGCCAUGUAUAAAAAUUUUGAAAACAGCCCUGAAUUGUUUCAAAAUUUUGCCUAUACAAAGCAGUUUUCUUUUGUGAACUUUCAGGUUACUGAUAAUGGUAUACUGUGCUUGACAAGUGGAAAAUGUCAACAUUCUAUCAAAGUAAGCAUAGAUCUAAGAGGGCCACUAAUCUAUCAUCAACCACAAGAUCACAAAAAAGUUUUAUAUACAAAGAAAUAUCUCUUUGACCAACUUCUACCAUUGUGUGUGGCAUUGAGAGUCUUCCAUCCUGAGGAUUAACAUCCCAUUUGUUUGGUCUUUUAGUGUGUUCCUUUAGUUUGAUCACUUUGAAGUAAAGAGCAGAGUAUCUUUUACUCUUGAAAACAGUUUCAAAGUUUAUAGAAUGUCUCAAAGAAAGUGAGCAAGAGCAGAUUUAAAAGAUUUUGUUUUACACUAGGUCAAUGGGUCAAAGUUUCAAUUACAUCACCCUUGCUUGUGCCUGAUACAUCCUUCCUUACCCUCUCUUAUAAACAAAAGUCUCAAACUAAAAUUAAAGUAGCUAAGUCAGAAUAUUAUGGCCCUGCAAUAUAAAAUGAAAAAUUUAUGUUGUUGACAACUGUGCCAAGAAGAGGGCACAGGACUGUACACUUAAAUUCCAAAGAGUAAUUUUUCAUUAACCCUUUAACUCCCGUGAGUGACCAAGACAGAAUUUCUCUUUACAAUAUCAAUACAAUGUCAAGCAGACAAGGGAUAAGAAUAAAGAAAAAUACAAGGUAGGGGAUUAUAAGUUGAUCCAAUACCAAUUUCUCCAACUAACAUCACAAGAACUGUAUGGCAGACAGUUAGGAGAAUUACUAAUGAGAUCUUGGGAGUUAAAAGGUUAAGUGUCCAAAAUUAUUCUGGAUUGCAUUGGGUUUGCUUCAUUGCACUCGGUGAUUGUCAAAGGGAACUAACCAAUCAGAUGCAACCUGGUAGCACCUGUUUCCCCUUCACUUUAGAAAAUUUACAUUUUUCACUUCAAUUUUCAUUGACUACUUUUGACAUUUUCCUUUGCUCUGAUCGGUCAUUUUGACUACUUUGGAUUUGUUCUUUAAAUACCUAAUCAAAGCCGGAUUAUUUCUCAGCUAAAGAGUUCGUAUGUCAAACCAGAUCCAGAUAAAAAUGCCCCUAUAAUUUAGGUCAAGAUCAUUGCUCUAUCUCUUCAGAACCAAGGUCAGAAUUCAACCAUGAACUUACCAUAAGAUAAUGAAAUAUGCCGAGAAAUUUAAGCUUGAAAUUUAGGGAUUUUUUUUAUGAUUUUUUAAUAUCACAGGAAGUCCAAUUGUCGCAUUGCGUGAACAUCUCAGAUGACAGCAUUGAGGCGUUACUCACUUGCUGUCCAAGAAUAAACAUUCUUAUCUUUGAUGGCUGCCCUAAUGUCACUGACCGAUCCCGUCAAGCUCUUGAGGAGGUUAUGCUCCGCGGCGGCAAAAUGAAACAGUUAUCAUGGACGGUAUAUUAACUGUAGUGGCUGAAUUUGUGACCUGUAACAUAUCAAUAUUACUAAGCUUCUGACAGCUUGUUCAACCUCAACGGUAUCGUCAAAAAAGCAAAGGCAUUACUCGGCAUCCAGUGACGUUUUUCCUCUGUCGCUUUACCUUUUAGCUUAAUUUAUCCCUUCUUUGUCACUUUUGUCGUUCUUAACUCAUGUUUCUCUUCGUUGCCAACUUUUCUCCUUUCUGUGUGUGCUAAUAGGUGCCACUUAACUUGAAAGCUUUGCCUACAACGGAUUUUGCGCUCAUUCCCUGAACAUAUCAUUGUCUUACUUUUUUAAUUUCUUUUUUUGUGCACGGCAUAGUGUGGAGUGUAAUAAUUCGAGAGUAUGAAUUUAAAAAUGGUCUCUGCGGAUCAAUUAUAGAACUCUUUCGUGCUUCACCAUUUCCUCAACGAAAUGCAUUUGAAUGAUCAUCGUGUUGACCUGUUUCUUAAUUCCAGUGAGUAUAGGUGCUAAAUGAAAAAAAAAUUGAAUCAGAUACAACAAAAAUUUGGCAAAUUUUUGGGAAUAAAUGAACCAAAAAUUGAGAUUUCCCUAAAGUCGUGUUGUGUAGUACAUUAUUGUCUUAUCUUGGACACUUGUGUACAAUUUCAGUCGCUAGGGUCUGAUUUUAGGGACUAGUGUCAAAUUUUUUAUGUCAGUAUCCGAUUGCAGAUGCCAGUGUCCAAUUUUGGACACUAGCCUGAUUUUAGACACAAUUGUCUUUAAUUUAAGAAGAAAGCGACAAAACUUUUGAGUCUGUGAAACAUGUUUCGACAGAAACUUCUGUCAUCUUCAGUUAAUCAUUGUAAAAAGCGUUGGAAGUUGAAUUAUAUAGUAGGCAGAACAGCGCUAAUUAUGAUAAAUAGUGACAACAAGAAAAGAGGUAAAGCAUGAAAGUGUGAGAAUUAAAAGGAUAGUUUUCGAUUU